AUGCAGCACGCGCUGGUGGUGGGCACCGACUAUGAGAUGAACCAGACUUAUCGUGCCCAUCAGUAUCAGGGCAAGGUCAACCGCCAGUUCAACUAUUUCACGCCUGAAUAUGACUUGCUGUCACCGGUCACGGACGCCAGCACGGAAAAUAGCGCAGCCGCCAAUAACCUGAACCGCAUUCAUAGCCGGUCACUCUACGCCAAAGACAGCAUUUCUCUGUCACCCGACUGGAUUGUGGUGCUGGGCGGUCGUUAUCAGCAUUAUGAACAGCGCGCCUCGCGCGGCUUUAAUCCGCAGGUGGAAACCCUGAAUGAUGAGG